AUGAUGAACUUGCGGCGUCGGUUUGUGAACCUGGUGGCAGAGAACUGCUUGAGCAGCGUGUGUUCGCUGCACCGCCUGGACGUCUCGCAGCAUCUCUUCUACCCAUCGACGGCUGAAGCAGAAGCGGCCAAACCAGCGGUCUUCGGGCUAUCGCUUCCCGCGCCGACCUACAACUUCCAACCGGCGGUGGUCGGUAAGAACCUAGAGCACCAUCUUUUCGGUCUGGCGAACCCCCGGAUCAGCGAGAGCAGGAUCCUCUGGAGAAGCCAGGAGGGGAACACCUUCCUCUACGACGCCGACUCGCACACCGCCUGGUCGAUGCCCAGCGGCCUCGGCUACAUGGGUAAAUGGCCCAUCGUCAUCUCCGCCCCCGUCGCCGAUGCCCCUGGUGAAGCAGAGGACCUCUUCGCCAUGUGCUCCAACUGUGGCUACCUCGGCUUCCAUGUGCUCAGAUUCGACCACUCCAAGCCAAAACCUUUCCACCCAAGAACUUUCACCGAUGUCCUUCCAUCAUGGGAAUGGGAACGUCUUCCACCGCCGCCCCUGUCCUCGGGCUCCGACAUCUACACCAACGCGGUGCUAGACGGCGGCCGCAUCAUCUGCGUGUCGGCCUCCCCCUUCGGCGGCACCUACCUGUUUGACACGGUGAGGCGCGAGUGGAUGCGGCAGGCCACCAGCGACUGGCAAAUGCCCUUCUUCGGUGCGCCCCAGUACGUCCCCGACCUCAAUCUCUGGCUGGGCGUCUCCUGGUCCGGCGACGAGGACGACAGCGACAGGCACCACCUGUGCGCGUCGUCGGACCUCGGUGCCGCCGUCGCCGCAGCCGCCAGGGGUGUAUACAGACCCUCGGUGACAGUGAAGCAUCACUGGAAGGAAGGCCUCGAGACGCCCGUGGGGUGGGACACGUCCUCGGCCCAACUCCUCGACCUUGGCGACGGCAGGUUUUGCAUUGCCAAGAUCAUCCAUGAGGUGGCGACGGACGAUUAUGAGUGGAGUGUAGGCGACAGUGCAGCUCUGCUUACUGGUGUGGAGAUGGUUCGUGGCGCAGGCGAUUGUUGCAGUUCCAAUCCCUCUUCCUCUUCAUCAUCGGAAGAAGGGUUCAGGAUGGUGGUGCACAAGUCACUGCGUUACAUCUUCCGUCGAGAUAUUAUCAAUUGGGUGCUAUAA